GCGGGCGUUACUGGGGCGGGACGGAAGUGUCCGAAUGACGCUCGCUCGCUCUGAGUGCGCGCGAGCGCAGCGUCGGCAGGAAUUUUUUUUAUAAAAUAACGCCGACUUGCAAACGGCUCUCGGUAAUCAUAAGUUCAAAAUAAUCACGACACUGAAUAUCAAACAGGUGCUCUUUGAAAAAAAAGUUAAAUUUUUUUUUAAACUGCACCGUCCGCUCUUUGGGACCUGCCCUGUGAAUCUCCGAUUAUUAUUCACUCUACCUCCAUGUGGAUUCAAAGACUUUCCCUUCCUCAUCAUGGCCAGAAAAAUAGUUAGCAGAAAGAGAAAGGCUGCGGAACUAGAACCGGAGCAGUGCAGCCAGGAUCUCAUACUACGCAAAAAGAAGAAGCUACCAUUUGUGAAGAAGUCCUUUGUCUGUUACCUUGCGGGUCAACAGAUUAAGCUUCGGAAUGAAAAAAGCUACCAACAAGCACUACGUGGUUAUGCGGCUCACAGACUACCUGCCCUUUUGAAGGAGGAAGAGUUCCACUUGGGAACCCUGAACAAGGUGUUUGCAUCCCAGUGGCUAAAUCAUCGACAAGUGGUAUGUGGGACAAAAUGCAACACGCUGUUGGUGAUGGAUAUUAUGACUGGUCAGAUAACAAAAAUUCCCAUGUUGAAGGAUCGAGAACAGCCCAAUGUUGUCAUGGAUCAGCAAGGUUGUGGUAUCCAUGCCAUUGAACUGAACCCUUCUCGUACAUUGUUAGCAACUGGAGGAGACAACCCAAACAGCAUUGCCAUUUAUCGACUGCCAACUCUGGAUCCUGUUUGUGUGGGAGAUGAUGGCCACAAAGACUGGAUUUUUUCAAUUGCUUGGGUUAGUGACACAAUGGCUGUUUCUGUUAAUCCAAGUAACUUGAGUUUCUUUCCAAAGAAGGGUGUUACAGAAGAUGGUAUUGGAUAUUACGAUUUCUCUAUUAAUUGA